AUGUAUCCUCGCUAUUCUUCUAAAAUCAAGUCGCUGAUUCAUGGUGAUUCGGUCCGUAAACCCGCCACCGGCUCUUUGCCUCCGUUGUAUCGGAACUUCUCCAAGCUGCCCAAGUCCUUCAACAGCUUCACAGUGAGCAGAUCCAGUCUUGUGAGGGAUUUCAUCUCGGACCAGUUCGAGCGUUUCCGCUACAAAGAGGAACAUCCACGGGACAACGGCCAGGAUGUCCUGCUUGAAUGGUUUGCCAAACUCCAGUUUGAGGCUGACUUUGCGGAUGAUUUGAGCACCGUUCGAAAGCAAAAGAUCAGGCCUUCUUGCUGGGUCAACGAGCAGCGUUACGUUGUAAUGAGCGACUUUCCUGCUGACGCCAGUUUGGCAGAUUUGCUCUCCAGGGUUCGUGGAGGUAAGCUUGAGCGUGUGGUUUUGGGAAAGCAUCCCGAGCCGUAUCUUGAGCUCUACUUCUUGGACUACAAGUCAGCGAAUGCCUUUUCUCGGUUUGCAGCGUCUGGGCUUUUUAUCAUCAACGGUAAGAAGCCGCUUAUUGGUAGGAAAGUCCCAGAAAAAAGAGUCGAACCCGUGCAAGAUUUGGUGAGGGUGGCUGCUGAGAGGAUGAAUGCAUCGAGAGUUCUCAGACUUCAGAGCCCUGUGGAAGUGCCUGCAAUUAGCUCCAAGGCUCAGGAACGGUUUCCUAGACCCCGUCAGUGGUUCGUGAAGACCUUUGAUAUGGAGGAUAUCCGGAAAGACUUGAGUCAGUAUGGAACGAUUGUCGAGAUCAAGCCGGUCAUUUCCCAGGGAAUCGCAGUAUCAGUUCACUUUACGUCUAUUUCAGAGCUGCUUUUGGCUUUGCGGUCACUUGGGAUUUAUGAUAGUCUCCACUGGCACAAGUACAAGGAAUGGAGCAUCAGUUUUUCGCCGGAUCCAGCCGACACCCCUUGCUUCAGCGUUUAG